AUAUUACAUUAUAGUAUGUGAAACUGCAAAUCACAGACAUCACCGCAACUAGAAUUCGGUGUUCGUUGAAGUGCGAUCGCGAUUAGAAAAUGCAACAGUGAUAAACAUCAGAAGAGUUUGCCAUAAAUUAUGCGCAUCAUGUUCUGCAAAAAUUAGGCAUAUGCAUCUUUCGCAAAUUUUAUAAAACAAAACAAAUAAAUACCCAAUCGAAUAUAUACGACAAUAACAAACCCAAUUGCGGCGCGAUAAUAACAAAAACCACAACAAAGUGAACAAGUGCUAAGCAAUCAAAACGAAAACCAAAGGCAUUUAGAAGAAUUUACAACACUGUGCGAAUGUAACACGAAUGUAAAUCACACAAUAAGAAGAAAUUCAAUAAGCAAACGGUUUAUCUACAUAACUGUAAACCAGAGCAACGUGGGAGGCGUCGCAGUGCGCUCUGCGAGAGAGUAAAAGAGUGUAUGUGAGAGAGAGAGAGAGAGAGAGAGAGAGAGGACAACAAAUUGCGUGAUCGUGCCAAGCAACGCACAAGGCCAUCCAAUAAUAAUCUAUGGAUAAAACAGCAGCCAUGAUACCAACAACACCGGGAACAUCCACUUUAAUACAGGCCUAAAGGUAGCAGCUGGAUUAACAAUAAACACGACAGCCGGAACAGCAGCAGAGUCGACAAUUGCAAGAAUUUUUAAUAAGAGCAGCGACUGCGAAAGUUGUCGUUGUUAUAAUUGCAACAAAAACAAGAACAACAACAACGACAACAAGCGUGUACAUAAAAUAAAAAAAAAUCAACAAAAAAAAUCGCCGUGUAAAUCUGUUAGCACCCAUAGGCGUCGCGCUGAACGGCCCCGGCCUAAGGGGCCAUGACGCGUUGGCCCUUCAAUUUACUACUAUUGCUCUCGGUGGCAGUACGCGACUGUAGCAAUCAUACCAUCCUCACAGUCGGCUAUCUGACGGCCCUCACUGGCGAGCUCAAGGACCGCCAGGGUUUGGCCAUAUCCGGUGCGCUGACAAUGGCACUGGAUGAGAUCAACAGAGAUCCAAAUCUGCUGCCGAAUGUAACGUUAGCGCUGCGCUGGAAUGAUACCAAGGGUGAUACGGUGCUGGCUACCAAGGCCAUCACCGAGAUGAUAUGCGAUGGUAUUGCGACCAUAUUUGGUCCGGAGGGACCCUGCUAUGUGGAAGCUAUUGUCUCGCAGAGUCGCAACAUUCCAAUGAUAUCCUAUAAAUGUGCAGAGAACCGUGCAUCCUCGAUACCAACAUUUGCACGAACCGAGCCGCCCGACACGCAGGUCGUUAAGUCGGUGAUUGCAUUGUUGCGCUACUACGCCUGGAACAAGUUCUCCAUACUCUACGAGGAGGUAUGGGGCACGGUUGCCGAUCUCUUAAAGGACCAGGCAUCCAAGCGCAACAUGACCAUCAAUCAUAAGCAAUCCUUUAUCGACGAUCGCGCCAAAUGCUGUGAGCAGAUGAUGACCUGUUGCCGCUCCGGCUAUUGGUAUCAGGUUGUGCAAAACACGAUGAAUCGUACACGGAUCUAUGUGUUUCUCGGUUCGGCGAACAGUUUGAUUGAUUUCAUGAGCUCCAUGGAGACGGCUGGUCUAUUUGCGCGUGGCGAGUAUAUGGUCAUCUUCGUGGACAUGAUGGUCUAUUCGGAACGUGAGGCACAAAAGUAUCUGCGCAAGGUGGAUCAAAUCAAUCGGAUGACCAACUGCAAGAGCACCGAGAACUUUAAUCAAUUGGCGCGCAGUUUACUCGUUGUGGCAUCAACGCCGCCCACCAAGGGCUACGAGAAGUUCACGGAGCAGGUGCGCAACUACAGUUCGAUGCCGCCCUUUAAUUUUACAGUGCCACAGCUCUUCUCGCAAAGCAAAUUUAGCAAGUUCAUAUCGAUCUAUGCGGCCUAUCUGUAUGAUUCCGUAAAGCUGUACGCCUGGGCGCUCGACAAAAUGCUGCGCAUGGAGGAGCGUGUGCUCACCGAUGAGGUCAUCUCUGAGGUGGCCAGCAAUGGGACGCGUGUCAUAGAUACAAUCAUCAAAAACCGUACUUAUAUGAGUGUCACCGGUUCCACAAUCAAAAUCGAUCAGUAUGGCGAUUCGGAGGGCAACUUCUCGGUGCUGGCGUACAAGCCGCACAAAUGGAACAUAUCUGAGAAUAUCCGUUGCAAUUAUCAUAUGGUGCCCGUGGCGUAUUUCCAUCAAGGCGAAGAACUUCCAGAAUAUAAACUGAUUAACGGCUCGAUCGAUUGGCCCUCCGGCGGCGAGAAGCCCACCGAUGAGCCUAUGUGCGGAUUUGCCAAUGAGCUGUGCAAAAAGGAUGAUACCCAUUACACAUCCACUGUGGCUGCGGUCGUCCUGGGCGUUUUACUAUUCUGCUCCGGUGUGGUCACCAUGAGCAUCUAUCGCAAAUGGAAGAUCGAGCUGGAAAUCGAGGGUCUGCUGUGGAAGAUUGACAUAUGCGAAAUCAAGGACUAUUCCGGCAAUGAAAUUGUCUCAUCGCCCAGCAAAGUCAGCCUGAUGAGCGCCCAAAGUUUUGGCUCCCGUUGGUCCCAUCAGUUCGUUACCUCGACGGCGCGUCUGCGCGGCGCCGUUGUGCGCAUCAAGGAGUUAAAGUUUCCACGCAAGCGCGACAUCUCGCGCGAGAUCAUGAAGGAGAUGCGUCUGCUGCGCGAGCUGCGUCACGACAACAUCAAUAGCUUCAUUGGCGCCUGUGUGGAGCCAACACGCAUACUGCUAGUCACGGAUUACUGCGCCAAGGGCAGCCUGUACGAUAUCAUUGAGAACGAGGACAUUAAAUUGGAUGAUUUGUUUAUAGCCUCACUCAUAAAUGACCUCAUCAAGGGCAUGGUGUACAUACACAGUUCACAGCUGAUCUACCAUGGCAAUCUCAAAUCCUCGAAUUGUGUGGUCACCUCGCGCUGGAUGCUGCAAGUCACAGACUUUGGACUGCACGAGCUGCGUCAGUGCGCCGAAAGCGAGUCCAUUGGCGAGCAUCAGCAUUAUAGAAAUCAACUUUGGCGCGCCCCGGAGCUGUUGCGCAAUCACCAUAUGCACGGCAGUCAGAAGGGGGAUAUCUAUGCGUUUGCCAUCAUAAUGUACGAAAUAUUUAGUCGUAAGGGUCCGUUUGGACAAACCAACUUUGAACCAAAGCAAAUUGUGGACUUAGUCAAGCAGCUGCCGCUUAAAGGGACAGAGCCAUUUCGGCCGGAGGUCGAGUCUAUUAUAGAGGCUGAGUCCUGUCCGGAUUAUGUGCUGGCCUGCAUUAAGGACUGCUGGGCUGAGAAUCCCGAAGAUCGACCCGAGUUCAGUGCCAUACGCAAUCGGUUGAAGAAGAUGAGAGGUGGUAAAACCAAAAACAUCAUGGAUCAGAUGAUGGAAAUGAUGGAGAAGUAUGCCAACAACUUGGAGGACAUUGUCACAGAACGCACGCGUUUGCUGUGCGAGGAGAAAAUGAAAACGGAGGAUUUGCUACAUCGCAUGCUGCCCCAAUCGGUGGCAGAGAAACUAACCAUGGGCCAGGGCGUUGAACCCGUUUCCUAUGAUUUGGUCACGAUCUACUUUAGCGACAUUGUGGGCUUCACAGCACUCUCCGCAGAGAGCACACCGUUGCAGGUGGUAAACUUUUUGAAUGAUCUCUACACGGUGUUUGAUCGCAUCAUACGUGGCUAUGAUGUGUACAAGGUGGAGACCAUAGGCGAUGCCUACAUGGUGGUCUCUGGUCUGCCCAUUAAGAACGGCGAUCGGCAUGCGGGUGAAAUAGCGUCCAUGGCGCUCGAUUUGCUGCAUGCGGUCAAACAGCAUCGUAUUGCCCAUAGACCCAACGAGACGCUGAAGCUGCGGAUCGGUAUGCACACGGGUCCGGUUGUUGCGGGCGUCGUGGGUCUCACGAUGCCACGGUAUUGCCUCUUUGGGGAUACGGUAAACACCGCCUCGCGCAUGGAGAGCAACGGCGAGGCGCUUAAGAUACACAUAUCCAACAAGUGCAAACUGGCGCUAGAUAAACUGGGCGGCGGCUAUAUCACCGAGAAGCGCGGCCUGGUCAGCAUGAAGGGCAAGGGCGAGGUGGUCACCUGGUGGCUAACGGGCGCCAAUGAAAAGGCCAUACAAAAGAAGCUCGUGGAUAUGACGGAUAUGCCGCCGCCGCUGUUCAGUCGGCCGCGCAAGAGUCCCAAACUGAAUCCGGACUCGAGGCAGCCCAGUUUGCUGGCCAUGCACAAUUGCGGCACCGGAUCACGGCGCCAGAGCAGCGUGCCACGUCCGGCCGAUGGGGAGUCAACGUACAGCCUGCAGGGCUCCGCUUAUCAGGUGGCGCGUGAAUCGCCGCGACUGGCAGCGAGAAGAGAGCGGGAACGAGAGCGGGAACGGGAGCGAGAUCGUGAGCGACCCGCGCUGAAUGGCCUGGGCGGCCAUUUUGUUGGCGGCGCACUGCUGGAGUCCGCGCACGCCUCGCUCAGCACGCUGAAUCAUUCCGAUACAAAUGAAACGAACUGUGAUACUAACGAAGCCACCAUUCUCGAUGGCGAACUGGAGUUGAACGGCGGCAUCUGCGGCGGCGCAGCUGCCACUGCUGCUGCUACUGCUGCUGGCCUGGUGCGCCAGCCAAAUGCGCUGCACAAGCCGCUGGCCAUGGUGCGGCCACAUCGCAUCAUUAGUGCGGCCCAGCUGCUGCCCCUGGAUCAGGCAAUCCCGGCAUCUGCGGUGGCGGAGCUGCUGCUGCGCGAGUCACGCUCGCUGGAUCCGAUGCCGCUGCAGCAGAUACGUAAGCGGCACGAACGCGGCAAGCUGCCACCCUCGAAGCUUUCCAAGAACAAUUCACGCUCCCUGGACACGGGCGUCUCGCUGAUUAGCGGCAAUCCCAACGGCGAAACGGCCGCCGAGGAGGAUGAGACGGAUGAUCUGUCGGCCAAUCCGGUGGAUGCCAAUGACGGCUACGACGAUGAGCUGGGCCUGCUUAUGCGUCAUGACAACGGCCAGCUGCCCAUGCUGCGCUACUCGAGCAGCUUUGCCAAUGCCCAGCCGAGCAUUGUGCCCGCCGGCGCCAGCAGCAGGCGGCGCAGCAGCAACGUCUCCUCGAGCAGCUGUACCAAGCACUUGAACAACAAUUGCAACGGCGGCAUGAACAUCGAGGAGGACAUGCACUCGCCGCUGCUGCAGCGCCAGGCCUCGCUUACAGCGCCGCCCGAGGAGCUGAUGGCACACUCGAAGCGCUGGCACUCACUCGAGCACAUGGAGCCGGGCGUCACCGGGCAUGGCAACAGCGUCAGCUAUGCCGCCGACAUUGAACGCCGACACGAUCAAGCGCAUGAUGACGGUGGCGGGAGCGGAGGCGUUGGCGUUGGCGGCGGCUUGGAUAUGCAUUCAGCUGGCAAUCAGCGUGGCACACGCGGCGGCAGCAGCAGCAAGGUUGGCAACUGGGUGGUCAACUUCUUCAAGGGCAACGGCAUGCGCAGCGUCGGCGCCAGCGGCGAUUCCACGCUGCGGCGCGUGGGCAUCCUGCCCAGCAGUGUGCAGGGCGUGCGCAGCGGCUUCACCGACAUGACCGCAGCAGCCACGGCACGGGAUCGUGAGAGUAUUGUAUAGUUUGGAACGGAUGGAACGUCUAAAUGGGGGGGAAUGUUACUCAGGAACAGUGCGAGCAGGAAACGAAUGUCUAAGGUAUAAAUUACAUACAUACAUACACAUCAUUUAUAGAGAUCUGUUUUGGCUUAUAUGUAUAUUUGUUGUAUGUUGAUUGUCGUUUGUGUCUAAAGCUCUAUAUGCCUAUAGAUGUACGUAUACACGCAGAUACAUAUAUAUAUAUAUACAUAUACACGUAUGUACGUAUGUAUGCAUGUGUAUCGGAAACAAUUACUAAAUGCAUAUACAUACAUAUUAGAGUAGCCAUUAAAUAACAAAUAUAAAAAGAACCGUCUAGUCACAAGGUCUUCAGACUAGUUAUUGAUUUAUAAUAAUAAUAAUAAUAAUAAUAAUAAAUAAUAUAACACUAUAUGCAUACCUAUUGAAGCAUAAAGCGCGCGCACACACACACACACACACACACACAUACCAGAAAAAUCAAAUUUUAAUUCUCCAACUUGCGCAGCUAAACAAAAAAUUACCAACAAUUUAAGCAAGUAAUAAAAAACAAUUAAUAACGUAAAAAAAAAUAUAUAUAUAUCUAAAUAUAUAAACGAAAUCAAAAUGUGUUUUUGCUAGUAUGUAAAUUAAGUGCGUGUGAUUGUACGUAAUUCUUAAGCCUAAACUAUAUACAAUAUUUAAAUGCAUAUAUCUAAUAUAUAUGUAUAUAUGUGUGUGUAUACAAUUCAUAUAUUGUUAUAUAUAUAUAUAUACACUUAUAUGUGUCUAUGUAUGUGCAUAAUUUUAUUAGCUAUUUUAAUUGAUAAUAAAAGAAAUUGUGAGCAGAAUUGCAGAACGCAGUGAGCUGUUUUUUAGCCGUAUCUAUGUAUAUUUUUAAAAAUAUAUAAAAUUUGUUAAAUUUGCCAUAUAUAAAUAUAAACAAAACAAAAAAGCAACAAACAAACAAGAAAA